GUUGAUUUGCGUUCAUGUACCACAUUGUCACUGGCGUCGUUCUGAGCAGCAUUGAGGCAUGAAGAUCUCGCGCCAAAGACAUCUCGCUAUCACCCUUCGGCACCAUAGCCGCUGGAAGUGGUCAUGUCGAUACAGAAUAUGGCAAGUAAGAGCAUUAAGUCGAAACCAAAGCUCAUUGAGGUCGUGGACUCGAGCAGAGGGUCAGCGACGGUAGCAUCCUUCAAGCCCAUUGAAACAAGGUCUCAGACCUACACAUCCCAUCUCCCUGACUCUGUGCAAGGGGCUGCAUCGAGUAGAUGUCAAGCUUCUCAUCGACGAAGCGAGAGUCCGCCGGUCCAGGCGGUGUAUUUGAUGAUGAACCUUUGCGGUCGGUUCGAUGGAAUCAAAAAGGCAAUGCAAUGCCAAGCCAAUCUAUCAAUCGGGCAUGGUGGCUCUUUUGUUGGUGAUCCCCCUUCGUCCCUAUCAUGUUUACUACUACCACGUUCCCUUCCCAACCUCUCCUCUACGCAUAUUGACCUUCAUACGGCUAUGAGUGGCCUCUCAGCCGCGAGGGGAUGUGUACUAGGAGCUGUGGUACUUCAAACCCUGGCUAGUCAGUCGUUGACACCUAGCUCAGAGGGACUACCAUCAAUAUUGUCGCCUCCUGAGUCUUACAGGCCGGCCCUCCCAAGACUCUCAGCCCAUCGUGGCGAUCAUGACCGUCGAAAGCAAGGUAUACGAGGUGUUUUCAGCCGCAAGUGGGUCCCAUCUUCAUGGAGUCACUCAGGAUCGACACGAAUACUUUACAAUUUGCAGCCGCUUUCCCCGGCCGAAUCAAACACAGUGGCGAUGACAUUGCGGAACGCCAGCGUCUGGCUUAUGUGCCAUGUUGAGGCCGGUAUAUCGAGAUAUGAAGCAAGUUAUCCACGGCCGUGGAUAUCAAAGGAGCGUCCGGUGCUACCGAUGUUGGCUGGGCGUGCGCCUGCCUGAAGACCAUUUUCAGAUAUCACGUUACAUAGUAUUCCUCUGGUUUCUGAGGAGGUGAUCGUUCAUCUAUGCUCGAAGGAGCUGUGGAGAGGCGAUAUGGUGGAGCACCUGCCGUCCGGAUCUUCGAAAACUCCUAGUCAGGGAGGGUAAGGUGAUCAGCCUUCACCC